AUGGAAAAGUCAUUAUUAGUAAAUAAAUACUAUACAUUUGUGAAUCUAAUGAGAUUGGAUAAUGAUGGUAAGCUAUUAGGAAAAUUUACGAUUGAGUUUAGUACAUAUGGUAUUUUCGGUACAAUUAGUCAUAAUGGAGAUUAUUUGGUAACUUGGAAUUAUAAGACUAAAGAAAUUGAAGUGAGAAAAUAUAAUGAUUGA